UGUUCAAAAGGCGUCCGCGCGGCGUUGUUUGACAGUAGACGACUUCGUGGUAGCGGCCACAAAAACUCCACAAAUUUGGAAAAAUUCUAUUGUGUGGAUAGCAAAUUAAAGUUUUGUUUAUAAUACUUUAAGUUAAAAACACGUAAAUCUAUAAAGACAUCAAAAUGGGGUUGGGUGAGCUGUUGCAGUUUGACGAAAUGCUACGCGACUUUAACAGAAUGAACAAACGACAGUCGUUAUACCAAAUAUUGAGCUUUGCGAUGAUUGUUUCAUCGGCUUUGAUGAUCUGGAAGGGGCUAAUGGUUGUUACUGGCAGCGAGUCACCGAUUGUUGUGGUGCUCAGUGGUAGUAUGGAACCGGCUUUCCAUAGAGGAGAUUUGCUCUUCUUAACAAAUUAUAAGGAGGAACCAGUGCGUGUAGGUGAAAUUGUUGUGUUCAAAGUGGAGGGGAGAGAUAUACCUAUAGUACACCGUGUCGUUAAAUUGCAUGAAAAGGAAGACGGUUCAGUGAAAUUCCUAACUAAGGGUGAUAAUAAUAACGUAGAUGAUCGAGGUCUAUACGCUCCCGGCCAACUGUGGUUGACGAAAAAAGAUAUUGUAGGGCGCGCCAGAGGGUUCCUUCCAUAUGUCGGCAUAAUAACUAUAUUUAUGAAUGAGUAUCCAAAAGUGAAGUGGGCAAUAUUAUCGAUUCUAGCAAUCUUUGUACUUUUACAUCGCGAAUAAUAUCCAGCCACAAAUCACACAGUUAGAUAUAAGCAAAAGGGUAUACACCAGGCCACGUACAUACUAGAGAGCCAACAUAUAAUAAAUUCGAAAACCGCAAACACUCAUUGCCAUCGCAAUCAAAAUAUCAAUAACAACACCAAAAUCAGCAAUCGCAAGAGAAUUGUUAAAACAAACAAGUGAAUAAAAAAUUACAAACUUAAACAAAAAACAAAAAAAAAAAAAAAACCAUUGUGUGGUUGUUAGCAAUAUAAUGAAGUGGUUAGCGAAGUUUAUUUUCACACAAACAAAACAUGUAAAGUGUAUUGUAAAAUUAAUUGGUUUUAGUACUUCCACGGCUAUGCCAUUUCAUUUGACGCGCAACGAAUUAUUCCAACAGUACAGCAUAUACAUGGUUUGUGCAAACCGUUGUAACAAACGUAAUAAUACAAAGAAAUAUAAAGCAUUUUUAAAUUAUUAUCUAAGCACAUUAAAUAAAAUUACGAAGAAUUUAAUAACGCCAACGUAUUUGCUUCAAAGGCGGGAUAACGGAUGAUCAGCAAAAAUAAGUUUAUUUAAUAUAUUUGCGUUUGCGCAUAAAUGCCGAAAGCAGGUUGAGCUGUUUUUUUUUUUUUGUAGAAUUACUUAUUCUUUGCUUAUCAUUUGUUGCUGUUUUGUAUUGUGCAUUUAUAAAAAUAGAUAAGUAGUUGCAUUUUAGUUGAUUUGAUUGCAAACGUUAAUGACAUUGGCUUUCUCGCGUUGCUUUUAUUUAAUUGAUACGCUAUAAAAAAAAAUAAGUUCAAUUAGCACAUAAAUGAAAUUGGCAAAGACUUUGUUUCUCACGGUGAUUUAUUUAUAAAUGUAAAAAAGACAAUUUCUACUUGUACUUUUUUUUAGCACAUUUGUCUGAUUUAUUUAAAAUUUGAAACUGAAUAAAAUGAAAAGAAAUAAAUUAA